GAAUGUUAUUAUUCUUAAAAGAAAACUGAAAGAUUUAUGAAACGAGUGUAUACGUGACAUGUUUAGUGUUUUAAAUGUUCUUUAUAUAGAUCGUUUCUCUUUUAUUGUAUAUGUUCCACUUGAAUAACUUAUUUUUAUAGAAAGGUUAACAAUUUAUAAGCAUGAAAAUGGGAGAAGAUACUCCUGUUUCAGCACUUGUGCUGCCGAUACUUGUUGGGCCUAUCCUCGAGAAGUUAGAGAGAAAGGACCUUGCUGCAGCACAGACAUUAAAAUCUGCUGUUUCCAAAGUUGAAAAUACCCACCCAGGUUUCCUGUAUGACUUAGUAAUGGGUUUAGUAAAACAAGCAGAUCUGUCUGUGAACAUGGCAGAAAGUUUACUAAAAUUGCAAGGCUCUGUUCCUGAUUGUGAAGAAUAUAAAUCUAAUCGUCAUGAAGAUGCUUUUCAAGAACUAAAUAAAAAGUCUUCAUCCUUAAAAAGAAUUCUAAGUCGCAUACCUGACGAAAUAAACGACAGAAAGACGUUCUUAGAAACAAUCAAAGAAAUUGCAAGUGCCAUAAAGAAACUACUGGAUGCAGUUAAUGAAGUUUCAGGAUAUAUACCAUCACCUUCUGGAAAACAGGCUUUGGAUCAAAGAAAAAGAGAAUUUGUAAAGUAUUCCAAGCGAUUUAGUAAUACUUUAAAAGAUUUCUUUCGUGAAGGACAAUCACAGGCUGUUUUCCUCAGUGCCAUCUGCCUGAUACACCAGACCAAUUUGAUCAUGAUAACUGUUAAACAUAAAUGUGACUGACUUCCAUUAUAUUAUUCCCAAAUAUUCUAUUUCGAAUGAAAAGAAGUAUUUUAGAGUGAUGUAAUUCAUUUUCUGAGAGCAUAUCUUAAGUUUGUGUGGUUCAUUUAUUUGUACAAAGAAGUAUUUUUAAUCUUUAAGGGAUAUAUAAAUUGAAUUAUUUUCAGGUUUCUGUAUACAUUUAUAUAUUUGGAGAAUGAUAAUAUCCUGUAAUUUAUAUAUAAAGAUUAUACUGUUAUUACUAUGAUAAAGUAUAAAGAUUAUACUUAACAAAGAUGUAAAAAUAUAAAUAAUUCGAUGUAAAUAAGUUACAGUUGAUAUUUAUAUCAAUAUAGUCAUACAUAUAAUUCAAACUACUUUCAUUCCUUUUUAAAUUUGAUUUCAUAAUUAUUAACAAAAUUAUUAAGUUUGGUAGAAUUAUUUAAGUUUCUGUGUUAUGAAUAUUUUUUUCUUUUGUUGUGCUGUUUAUUAAAAUAAUGGCCCAAAUAUAUUAUGUACUUUUAUAGUUAUAAAGAAGAGAAUAGAGUUUAAUAUGUGUAUAAAUUAUUUUUUUAAUACAAGAAGCAUAGUUCUUUUGCUUCUGAAGCUAUAUCAUAUUCUUUAGUUUAGAAGAUAGUAUUCAUUCAUAAUUUAUUCUUUAAUCGUAUCAAUUUUUAUUGAAAUUGAUAGUUCUUAAUGAGAUGAAAAAUUUCACAUGCUUCCAAUUUAUGUCUUAAGUUUGCUCUUAUAUUCAUCCUAACUUGCUUUGCUACUUAAGAACUAUUUC